CUCCCAGUAGGCGGCGGAGAGCCAAGGGGCGUGCAAGAGCGAGGGGGCUGGGCUCCCGGGUGGUAGGAGGCCGCCCUCGAUCCGGGCGAUGGAGGAGGAAGCAAGCGAAGGGGCUGGUUCCUGAGCUUCGCAAUUCCUGUGGCCUUCUGGGCUCCCAGCCUGCUGGGUCGUAUGAUCCCUCCGGCUGGAGCUGUUUUUUUUGCCAGCCGCCGCGAGGCCGGCUGAGUUACCGGCAUCCCGGCUGCCACCUCCUCUCCCGACCUAUGAUACAAAAGAUCUUCCGGGGGCUGCACCUGCCUGCUGUCGCCUGAGUCGGAUUUGAAUCUCUUUCUCUCUCCUCAGAACCUUUUCUUGGCUUUGGAUCUUAGAAGAGAAUCACUAAGCAGAGACCAGACUCAGUGAGUGAGCAGGUGUUUUGGACAAUGGACUGGCUGAGCCCAUCCCUAUCAUAAAAAUGUCUCAGAGCAACCGGGAGCUGGUGGUUGACUUUCUCUCCUAUAAGCUUUCCCAGAAAGGAUACAGCUGGAGUCAGUUUAGCGAUGUGGAAGAGAACAGGACUGAGGCCCAAGAAGGGACUGAAUCGGAGGUGGAGACCCCCAGUGCCAUUAAUGGCAACCCAUCCUGGCACCUGGCAGAUAGCCCUGCGGUGAAUGGAGCCACUGGCCACAGCAGCAGCUUGGAUGCCCGGGAGGUGAUCCCCAUGGCAGCAGUGAAGCAAGCGCUGAGGGAGGCAGGCGAUGAGUUUGAACUGCGGUACCGGCGGGCAUUCAGUGACCUGACAUCCCAGCUCCACAUCACCCCAGGGACAGCAUAUCAGAGCUUUGAACAGGUAGUGAAUGAACUCUUCCGGGAUGGGGUAAACUGGGGUCGCAUUGUGGCCUUUUUCUCCUUCGGAGGGGCACUGUGCGUGGAAAGCGUAGACAAGGAGAUGCAGGUAUUGGUGAGUCGGAUCGCAACUUGGAUGGCCACUUACCUGAAUGACCACCUAGAGCCUUGGAUCCAGGAGAACGGCGGCUGGGACACUUUUGUGGAACUCUAUGGGAACAAUGCAGCAGCUGAGAGCCGGAAGGGCCAGGAGCGCUUCAACCGCUGGUUCCUGACAGGCAUGACUGUGGCUGGCGUGGUUCUGCUGGGCUCGCUCUUCAGUCGGAAAUGACCAGACACUGACCACCCACUCACCCUCCCUUCCCCCUGACUGUCCCCACCACAUCCCUCCGUCCAGCCACCUUUGCCACCAGGAGAACCACUACAUGCAGCCCAUGCCCACCCACCCAUCAUGGGGUUGGGCCUAGACCUGGUCCCCUGCAGUUAGUUUUCUAAAAUCUAACACGCUUCUGUGAGAGCUACCUUCCCCCACACCUCAGUUCUCUUAGCCUCGAAAUCCACAAAGUUUCCCCACAAUCUGCCCAAUGGAGGCUGGCAGGUAUGGGGGGGUUGUGGUUAGGGGCAGGACCCUGCCUGAUUGGUGGAACUCCUUAGCCUCCCAUUACCCCUUAGCCUCCCCAAGAAUGCUUUCCUGCUAGAGAGGUGGAAAGUUUUCUGAACUUCUUCCCCAGAAAGAGAUACUAGAUUGCCUUUGUUUUGAUGUUUGUGGCCUCAGAAUUAAUCAUUUCCCAUCCCCCCCGGACCAGGGCUCCCCUUCCUUCCAUCCCCACCCCCAAGAGCCAUUUUGACUAAUUAGGGAUUUAGGCUGCUUGGGAUAAAGAAGCAAGGACCAGGACUCUUCCCUACCUCUGGCCUGGCCAGAGUCCCCACUUGCAGUCCAAAUGUCCUCCAGCAGUCUCUGGCUAGAGGCCAGCCCCACCCAGGAGGGAGGGGGCUAUAGCUGUAGGAAGCACCCCAUGCCAAAGCUAGGGUGGCCCUUGCAGUUUAGCACUACCCUGGUCUCUUCCCCUCCCCUGGCUCCCAUGACCACGACUGAGGGACCAACUGGGCCCAACACAGGUGCCCCUUAGCUGUUGAUGGCCUCAGCUGCCUCACUUCCUGCAAGAUCAGCCUGUGGCAUCUUUGCCUUGGGCUGCUGCCCAUGGGGUCCAGCAUCCAGGGGCCUCGGCCCAGAGGUGAAGGGGAGCUAUCGGGAGCAGCUUUGGGAGCCCUAGGGUCUUCCCUACCUCAGGCAGGAAGGGCAGGAAGGAGAGCCUGGUGCACAGGGUGGGGGUGGGGCUGACUGGAGGGACCAGUCCUGCUGGGCCGGGCAGAUGCCCCACCCCCAUCCAGCCUGGGCAGCUGGGCUGCCAAUGCCAGAGUGGCCUGGCUAGGAACCCUUCAGGCUCUCCUCUGCUCCACCCUUGGCCUGUCUCAUCCUUGGGGGUCCUGGCCUAGCCCUGGCCGCCCUGGGCUCUCUGCUGUACAUAUUCAAGACUAGUUUUUAUUCCUUGUGAAGAUGAUAUACUAUUUUUGUUAAGCGUGUCUGUAUUUAUGUGUGAGGAGCUGCUGGCUUGCUGUGCGCGUGCACGUGGAGAGCUGGUGCCCGGAGAUUGGACAGCCUGAUGCUCCCUCCCCUACCCUGGUCCGGGGAAGCUGGCCGGGGGAUCCUGGCUCCUGAGGGGCACCUGUCCCUCCCCCAACCCUUACCCCACACUUAUUCCAGCUCUUUGAAAUAGUCUGUGUGAAGGUGAAAGUGCAGUUCAGUAAUAAACUGUGUUGACUCAGUGGACAAA